AUGGCUGCCCGUCAACCCAGAUUCAAUCAGCAAGUCUUGAUUGACACUACCCCAUUACCUGCGGAUAUUCCGCCCGUCACAGAGAUUGGUAGCAGUUCGGCGCCAUUAUUGUCCGCGAGUUUCUUUAUCGGCGCAAGAUGCAGACCAUACAAUGACGAUUUCAUGCAAUGCAAGAAUGACAAUCCUGGAAAGGGAGAGAUUGAUUGUUUGAAGGAGGGUCGAAGAGUUACCAGAUGUGCGAGGAGCGUAAUUGAAGAUAUGAACAAACACUGCCUUGAGGAGUUCAGGAAACAUUGGAAAUGUCUCGAUAACAACAACCAGCAACUAUGGCAAUGUCGACCACAGGAGUGGAAGCUUAAUAAAUGUGUAUUUGAUAAUCUGAAAAUCGAGAAGGUUAUUCCAGAUACCCCCGCAGGCGAAACCCCUGUGCAUCUACGUAAAAGACAAAUUUACGCACACUACGGCCCAUGA